GGACCAGCAAGGACUCUCACAAUCACGGCUCUACAUCUGCCACUCUCGACCGGCGACGAUCUUUUCGCACAUCCGCAAGCGCUUCUCCGUGAAGCUUUGUGAGGGAUUUUUUGGUAGUGGCUGGCAUCGUCAUUUCGGUUGGAUUGUGAGACGGUGGUGAAUGGUGACGUGUGGUUUUCCAGGAGGGUAGCAGGCGCAUGGAGUUGGGUGUUGGAGGGGGUGAUUGAGGGCAUUUCUUUGUUAAUCGGGCAGGUUUGGAAGGAUGGGUUCGGUGGAUGCGGAGAAGGAUAUGGCGGCGCCCACGGAGAGUGAAGCAAGAGAUGAGAGUGCCUCGGUAGAAGAAGAGAAUGCUCAUGCUGUUGUGAAGAGUGUUGACGGUGUAGGCGAGGGUGAGGGUGAAGGGAAGAGUGUAAGUGUGAGUCCCAACGAAGAAUUGAACUCAAAGACCUCGCACGAUGUUUUAGUUGAAGAGGGGGAGAAGAGAGUGUCCGAUGUUUCUGUUAGUGAGAGUGUUGAUGUUGAUGCAGCAUCGAUGGCUGUGGAGCCUCCGAUGAGUACCAUCCAGGAACCUGUCGCGGUUUCGUCGAGUGGAGAUCUGGAAGUUGACUCUUCUUUUGUUGGGGAUGGUUUGGAUGCGACGGAGAAGGUGGGAAGCUGGGACUUGAGUGAGGCUGUUGCUAAGAAUGGUCGAGAAGUGGAUGACAAGGAGGAAUUGAGACCUUACAUUCCUGAUGAAGGGCAAGGUGAGGAUGUUGAUGCUCCUGCUGAGAGCGUGGAGACCAUUGUGGAGGCUCCUAAUAGUGUUGAGGUUUCGGAUGGUUUAUCUGUUCCUUCUGGUAACGUUGAAGACAUGCCCAAGGAUUCCCAAGAUGCAGGGGAUGUAGUUGAGACAUUAGCUUCAGGGAGUGAUGAAGUUCCUUCUGAAGGGUUGCCCGAGGGGCUUGAUAGUGAAGCACAGGAUCGUGAUGUUGAUGGAGUUGACAGUGAAGUGCAUGAUUCUCAUGCGGAGGGGAUUGAUAGUGAAGCACAGGGUGCUCAUGCCGAGGAGGUCGACAGUGAAGCACAGGAUCCUCAUGCGGAGGGGAUUGACGAUGUUGUGGCAGCCGCAAUUAGUGCACCGCUUGGAGAAGGGUUAGUAACUGCGGAAGCUGUGCCUGCCUCCUCUGACAGUGCUGAAGAAGAGCCUGCGGUAAUGAAACCCGAAGAUAUCUGUGAGGAGAGCAAAGAAUUACCUUUGGAGGGUGAUGUUAUUGAGAGCGAAGGCCCUCAUCCUGUUUGUGUUGGGGGUGUUGAGAGAGUUGUCAGUGAACUGCACUAUGCUCCCGCUGAAGAGGUUUAUGAGCUAGUGGAAGCGAAUACCAUCGAACAGCCCGAUGAAGAACCUGCAGAAUCGGAAUCUAUGGCUGCUCAUUCUGGCAAUACCGAAGAGAAACCUGUAGCAGUUAAUUCUGAAGAUGUCCCUGAGAUGCCCACAGCAUUGGAGAAUAAUGCCGAGGAGAAUGUAUCCCAUCAUGAGCUUCCUGCUGAAGGAUUACUUAAUAAAGCUGAGCUUCCUGUUGAAGAUGUUGAAGAUGGUUCGGAUGCUGGAACUUAUGCAAAUUCCGUGGAAAAAACAGCCGAAUCGGAAUCCAUACCUUCACCUUCCGAUGAUGUUGAGGAGAAGUCUGUGGAGACAGUUUCUGAAGAUGCGAGGGCAGUGCUCUCCGCAUCUGAGAUUGAUGGCAGUGAAGGCGCGAGCUCUGAAACUCCAGCUCCAGGGCCAUCUGGCACCGUUGAGAAUGAAGGUGAAUCUGUAUCUUCACCUUCCGACGAUGUGGAGGAGAAGUUUGUAGAGACAGUCUCUGAAGAUGUGAGUGCAGUGCCAUCCGUGUCUGAGAGUAAUGACUUUGAAGGCUCCAGCUCUGAAAUUACAGGUCCAGAGUCAUCUGGCAAUGUUGAGGAUGAAGGUAAAUCCGUAUCUUCACCUUCUGAUGAUGUGGAGGAGAAGUCUGUAGAGACAGUUUCUGAAGCUGUUAGUGCAGUGCCCUCCGCAUCUGAGAGUGAUGGCAAGGAAGGCGCGAGCUCUGAAAUUACAGCUCCAGAGUCAACUGGCAACGUUGAGAAUGAAGGUGAUGGUAUUGCCGAGGAGGAGACUCAUGAUGAUGUGGAAGCAUUAGUCGGUACACAGCCCGAGGAGAGCUCCGCAAAUCUGGAGUCUCUGUCUGCAACUGCUAAUGACGUUGAAGACAAAGCAAUUGAUGUGAGUUCUAGUGAUUUGAGUGAGGCAAGUGCGGCAAUCCCACCAGUGAGCGGUGAGAAUGAGGACGCAAGUCCUGAAACUCCUAGUCAGGAAUCGGCUGACCAUGCUCUUGGUGAAGUAGUAGAUGCGCCGGUUAAGGACGUUCACGAGUCUACAGAAGUGACAGUCCGUAAUGAGCCCGAGGAACAAACCGCGGAGCCAGAAUCCUCGGUUCCUUCUUCUGAUGACGUUGAAGACACAUCUGUUGACGUAAAGUAUGAUGGCAUCAGUGAAAUGAAUGCAUCACCAGAAUCCGUGGUCACGCCUUCCGAUGAUGCGGAAGUAAAUGUUGACGAUGCGAUCGAGGUAGCACCAACCUCGGAGAGUGCAGACAGAGAGAGUGCUAGCACUGAAACUGAUGGUAUUAGCGAAGCAGUUGAUGCUCCUGUUGCAGAGAUUGGUGAUGCAAAGCCAGAUGUGGAUUCGUCAAAUUUAGAAUCCGUGGCUGCUCCUAGUGAUCCUUCGAGGCCGCCUGGAGAAGUGAAGCCUGAGGUGUCAGAUUCUGAAAUGGAGGAGGCCAUUCAUACAUCCUUGCCUGCUGAAGAGGAGCCCUUGGACCGUAUGGAAUCCUCGAUUCCAAGGCAGGAGCAAAGCGAAGAGGGUGCUGCAGAAAAUGAAGAAGAAACACUAUCUGACGUCAAAGAAACCGAUGCUGCUGAACAUAGUCCGAAAUCCUCUCUUCUUUCAGAAAGAAGAGAGGAUUUCGGGGUAACAGGAGGUCAAACAGACAGAAGCCUGGAUGUGGAGGAGCUUCUACAAGAGACUGUAGCGGAGCUCCAAAACAAGGGUGUUUCAGGGGACGUUGAGGUUAAUGCUGGACAUGUAGAAGGAGUCUCCGAGAGAGCUAAUGUGAUUGAAGAAGCAAGACCUGAUGCACUAUCUGUUGGUGCAAACGAGUCAGAGACGACGACUCCCUUGAUUGCGGAGGAACUUCCCAUCGAUCAGUUCAUAGUGAGUGUUCCCAUCGAGUGGGCUGAUGAAGAUCCCUCCGAUGCAAUUUCAGAGCCACGUGAUGAGGAUUCUGCCAGUGUCGUUGCAACUGAAGCGCCUGAAACAAACGAGGUUGCGAAAAUUUCAAGCGAUGUCAACUUAAAUGUUGAUUUCAAUGACAUUGGUUUCAGUGAGGCUCCCGUGACUAGCGAUGCAACGCAAGUAUCAGGUGAUGAUGUGCCUAAGACUGAAGAUUCAGAUAACAAUGCCACAGAAUUAGUUGGAGCUGAAUCUCAUUUGCUCCAGACGGAAGUGGUAAAUGCAGAAGCGGCAAGUGCAGCUCCGAAGUCAGUUGAAGAUGUGUCCAGUUUGCUCCAUACUGAGAUGACAGACGAGGAGAUCAAGUUAGCAGCCCUUCGUGAUCCUGAGAGUGGUAUCGAUGUCUCAGAUAAAUCUGUUCUAGGUGAGACGCCAUCUUUGGAAACUGAAGUUGCUCACGACGAGUCGCCGACUCCACUUGCCAAUGCCUCGGCGGAGUCUGAUGCAAAUGAAGUAGAAACAGCUUCAAGGGAUUUUAACUUCAGUUUGUUUAGUAAGGCCUUUACUUCGACCAAAGCAGAUCAAGGAGCAAGUGGGGAAUCUGACCAUGAAGUGACCCCAUAUCUCGCAGCAGCGGUUGCAGCAGUGAGUGGAGAGGAAGAAAAGUCUUCCGACGUACUUGAGAGUGAUGCUACGCCAGAAGAGACUUCAAGUCCACCAUCUGUACCUGAGGAUGAAUCGGCACCAAAAUCUCACGAUCUCGACGAAGUCGCUACUAGCCUUCACGAUGUGGCUGGGAAGACUCUAGAGGAAGCUAAGACGAGUGAUAUCGGGCAGAAUCAAGAGUCCAUUGCGCAGAGUGUGGCUCAAAUUGUGAUCGAGGAUAGUACCAAAGCUGCAGACUCCUCAGAGUAUAUUUCACGAGUUGUUCAAGACGUGGCGCAGUUAGCACAGGAUGUAGGCGAAUCUGACCCCAAUAUCUUGCCGGACACUGUGGCUCGCGUUUGGGACUACGAAACUGCAAGUUCACCGGAAAAUGAAGUCGCUCAACCCAAGCAAUCCACAGGUUUGGGAACCAUGGUUUCACUUUUUGUGGUCUGGUGUGUAUCUCUCUGUGCUACCCGAUUACCAAGCAAGCACAUGCCCAAACCAGCUCUCAAACUUGCUGCGGAAGAGGUAGCGUCGGUUCUUCAUUCCAAUAUCCAAACGCAGCCAGCCGCACCUAAUCAGUUUGUUGGUACUACAAGUCGUUGAGAAAAGAGGUUGCUGGUGGAAGUUUGUCUUAAAACCAAAGUUGAAGUUAACAAACAUUAGGAGCUUGUUAUCAAUAAUUGUAGUUUUUAUUAGGAGUUCACACUUUUUAAUUAAUCAUGUAUAGUUGCCCACGUUUUUCCUUCAUGUAGUAUGAAUCGAAUUGACUGCUAAGCCGACUUGGGUGAUCUUAGAUUACUGGAAGUAUUGUCCUGUGUUCGUUCUUAGAAGUACGUGAAAGCGAGACCUGUGUAGAAAGUUGUCAUAUUUUGGCUCAAAGAGGUACAAGUAGUUUGUUGAAUCCUCUCCAGCAUUGUGAAGAGAUAUUCUUGUGAAAUUUUCGGGAUUUUCUUGUAAGGACGGAUAUAGUUUUUUAUUUAUUUUGUAUCAUCAAUGGUGCGGCGGUAUUUGAUAUGUGACGCUGCAUAUUUUAGAUUCCCAGUUAAGACUUUGUUCGUUACUGUAGUAGGAGGGAUCUGAAAUAAGUAGACUAUUAGUUCUACGUUUUCGCAAAUUUUGACAGAUAGAGCUUAGGAUUUUAAUUUCCUGAUAUCCUUCAAUUUUAUUAUAGAUAAAGAUGUCACUUCUAUAACCAUUUAAAAAGCCUCGAUGUUCCACAAGCAUCUGUGUAC